ACUUACUGGACUCGCCAUGGCCGCUUGACCCGGGCUGAAAUAUCCUCCUUGUGUUAUCAUUUUUCCCGAGACAUUUGCACAAACUUUUCCAGAUAAACUUUCAUCUUUUGUAUAGUUUUUAUGUCAAGAAAUAAGGAUGCAACCCCCACCGAGAAAGGUCCGGGUCACCCAGGAGCUCAAACACACUCAUGCAGAGCAGAUGAGCAGAUUACACAUCAAACACCAGACAGAAUGUGACCUCCUGGAAGACCUGAGGAGUUUUAGCCAAAAGAGGGCAGCUGUGGAGAGAGACUACGCCCAGGCCCUCCAGAAGCUGGCAAACCAGUAUCUAAAGAGGGAAUGGCCAGACAGUCUGACAGAAGAACAAGCAGACCACAGGAACAUGUAUUGUGUAUGGAGGGCCUAUUUGGAGGGCACAGUCCAGGUCACCCAGUCCAGAAUCAGCACUUGCGACAACUACAAAGUCCAGGUUGCCGAUCCGGCCAAGACGGCCAGACUGCAGAAGGAGCAGCAGCUGAGGAAGUGUAUCGAACAGCUGACAGUGGUCCAAGCUGAGCUGCAGGAGUCGGUGAAGGAGCUGACGAAGAGCAGGAAGAAAUACCAGGAGGCUGAGACGAUGGCACAGGCUGUCAGGGAGAAGGCAGAGCUGGACGCCAAGUCCAAGCUAAGUCUCUUCCAGUCCAGAUCCAGUCUUCAGCGGGCCAGUGUAAAGCUGAAAGCCAAGAGGAGCGAGUGUAACUCCAAAGCCACGCACGCCAGAAACGACUACCUUCUCACACUAGCGGCCGCUAACGCUCACCAGCAGCGCUACUACGACACGGACCUCAUGGACUGCAUCAAGGUCUUAGACGGCAGAAUCUACGAGCAGGUAAAAGAUUACCUGGUGUCACUGUGUCAGACUGAGCUGGAGACCUACCAGGCUGUACACAACACCUUCAACCAGCUGUUGAACAGCUCAAAUGGGGUGCUGCAGGAGUUUCACCAGCAGCUGUUUGCACAGAAGAAUCCCAUGUUUCAACAAGCCCCGGACUUCUCAUACCAGCCCAUCGACUCGGAUACGGUGAUGCAGCUGCAGAAGGAGAGUGGGACGGCGGAGGAGCACAGCCUGGAUAAGGAGGCGAGGAAAUGGGCGAGUCGCGUGGCGCGAGAAUACAAGAGCGUCAUCCACACACAGAGGGCGCUGGAGGAAUAUGGGACGCAGGAGUCGUCAGAGCAGAACAACAGUGAGCUGGAGACGAAGAUGGAGGUGGCCAGGCAGAGUCUCCGGAGGGCAGAGACGGUGAAGGUGAAAGCAGAGGCCCGCCUGGACUUGCUGCGGCAGGCGGGAGUUGCUGUCGAAACGUGGCUGAAGAGCGCGAUGAACCAGGUGAUGGAGGAGCUGGAGAACGAGCGCUGGAACAACCUCAGCACCCACGACCCUUCGCUCUCUGGGACAGCGGAUCUGGAUCGAGAGGACGAGGAGGAGAUGGAGGACAGUGGCGAAGUGUUGGACGACAGCAGCUCCAGUCCCUCCAGCACCUUGAAAAACUAUCCCCUCACCUGCAAAGUGCUCUACUCCUACAAGGCGUCUCAGCCAGAUGAACUGACCAUCGAGGAGCAGGAAAUCUUGGAGGUCAUUGAUGAUGGAGACAUGGAGGACUGGGUCAAGGCCAGAAACCGCAGCGGGCAGGUGGGCUACGUCCCAGAGAAAUACUUGCAGCUGCCUUCCUCCAACAGCCUGCUGAGUAUGCUGCAGUCUCUGGCUGCGCUCGACGCCCGAUCCCACUCCUCCAGUAACUCCACUGAACCUGAAACUGAACUACCAACCGGGUCUGUCAACGGAGACUCCAGCGUGUCGUUCGCGAAGGCCUUGUACGACUACGCGGGGCAAACGGACGACGAGUUGUCGUUUCCGGAGGGCGCCAUCAUCCGCAUCCUGAGCAGAGAGACCCACGAGGACGACGGUUUCUGGGAGGGAGAGUUCAACGGCGUCGUCGGCGUCUUCCCCGCCGUUCUGGUGGAGGAUCUCGCCGGCGCCAGCGAGAACGGAGACGGACAAAGAGACGGCAGUGCGCAGGCCUCUCCUUCCACUUUGGCCCAGUGCGACCGAUCCCCUCGCAGUCCCUUCCAGCCGGGGCCCCUCCACAGCAGCCCCCUUCAGACGCCCACCAUGUCCUCCCCUCUGGCGAGUCCCUGCAGCGCUACAGCCUCUCCCAUCGGCCGACCACCCGCCUAUCACAACGGCCAUCACAGGCCGCCACCAGCCCCCCACAAAAGCCCCUUUCAGAGUCCAGCGCAAGGCUCCCCACAACCCCCCAAAUACCCAGAGAGUGGAUCAGGAACCAUUCGACCUGUUCGUGCUGCUCCUCCGCCCCCGAAGCAGCAUCCUCGUGGGCAGGUGAAGCGGAGGGAGGAGGUGGAGAUCACGCUGGUGUGAAGGCGGCGCCCUGGUGGUGGCGGCGGCGGCGGUGGCGGUGGCAGCGAUGGCUCUGUUCAAAGCAGCUGGGACUUGGCGGCUCUGCGCCUCUAAACGCACUCCCAAAGGAAACCUGAGGAAACGUAAACUUCCCCUGAAGACGCCCGGAGGCCGGGAGAGGCCCUCCGCUCUGUCCUCGUUGGGUCAGUGUGCUGCGGAGGAAUAUUGUGCCUUUCUUGUUUAACUUCCUCUCCUGUUCCCAAUUUCUCUUUAGUCCCUCACACAGAGUUUGUCUCGUAUUCGAAUAAGACCGAUCAAUAGGACCAAUAUUAUAUAAUGUUUAUUAAAAAGUACACACCUUCUUGUCCUUAUUGUCCAGCUCUUCUACUAAGACAUGAAUUAUUUCAGUCCUAAACAAGUGUGUUGAUAAUUACACAGAAUAUUCACUGUCACCGGCUUCAAGCAUCAGUCCUGGUAAAAACACACACACUAUUCAAAUUGAUAUAGUGACACUGUGCCAGAUAAUGUGACGACAAAAGUACAGUAAAACCUGUUAAUGUAAGAAAUUAACUACAGAUCAUUAUCAGCUACUGGACACAAGCGUUUUAAAGGAAUAGUUUGAUAUUUUGGGAAGUUUUUGUUGCAGAGUAUCAGAAGAGAAGAUGAUGUCUGUGUGAUAAGUGUGGACCUGGAGCCGUGAGGAGAUUAGUUUAAAAUGCCUUUAAAACAGCUCGGUAUCUCGUCAUACCAGCAUUUAAAACAUCAUCAAAUCUACUUUGGUGUAAUUUGACACCCAUUUUACUGAUUUGAUUUAUUUAUGAAUCAAAAAACACUUUAAGAGGCGUUAAUAGGUCUGUAACUGUGGAGAGAGUCAGGCUAGCCGUUUCCCCCUGUUUCCAGUCUUUAUGCUAAGCUAAACUAAGCUAAUCGCCUCCUGGCUCCAGCUUCAUGUUAAACAGACAGAGACACGAGAGGGGCGUCGACCUUCUCGUCUAACUCUUUGUAAGAAAGCGGAGAUGUGUCGAACUAUUACUUCAACAUCACGUCUUACAGCCACAUUCACACAAUAAUGAGAUCAUAUUCAAAACCAGAAUUAUGAGUCUUUUUUUUCUGUGGUAAAUUCAUCGAUAUUGGAAAUAUUAUUAUUAAUAAUAAUAAUAAUAAUAAUAAUAAUGAUUUCAAACGUAUCCGACCGCUACGUCUCACUAUAUCAAUGACUGUGUGGCUCUUUCUCUCGUAUUUCCAUGAACUGAUGUCCAGCUGUCGACAGCUUUCACAAUUGGAUUACUUCUAUGCAACAGAGUUGAUAUUUGGCAGGACGUCGCAGCACGUUAAGCUCCCAACGCAAAACCAAAUGUCUGGUUGUCUCCACACUCGAUCAAAACGCCAGCAGCGGGCGAGGCUGGUCCUCUCCUCGAACACACACACGGACUGUAACUGCACACGGUUACACAAACAAGGGAAAAGUGGCAAUUUUUAGUUGAGUGAUUGUUGUGUCGGUAGGGGGAAUCUCCUAGAAACGUUUGAACAAAAUAAUAGAUCCUUUUACAUUUUAUGGUUAAUUUUUAAACCCUGCUUCUUUAUAUUAGUUUUCUUUGCACCAAAAUGCUGAGAAAUUCCUGAACAUUUAAGGGAGAAAAGUAGCGCGUACAUGCAUAGUCUAACUUUUUUUUUUUUUUUUUCUCCUCGUGUUGUAAAAUAAAGAUCUAGAAAUGUUAUUAUGACUCUAAUGUUGCCAGUAAAGUUUUGCUGGUGGUUUGUUGAGGAGCAGGUUGCAGUUGGUGACAGUUGACACUGAGGUAAUGUGCAGUUUAAACACGCCUUUAUUUUUAAGGAGGAAACCAUCCUGAGCUGCUAGCUAGUCCAAUUAAAAAAAAAAAAUAAAAAAAAAUCUUAUACUGUCAUAGUGAAGCACUUUUUGAUGUCUUCUUAUUCCUUUUCAGUAUUGUGGAUGCUACAUUGUUUGUUCAAUAUUUCUUGUUUGACGUUUUGUUUACCAGCUAUAUUGGUAUGAAUACUUUUCUUUUAUCGGCUCUUGCGUUAUUUAGCCUUAAAUAGCCAUUGUAGUGUCUUUGAUUGAGAUUGAGAUAUGACCUUUUGAUCGUAUUGUUUUUGAAAUAUUAAUAGUUUACAGAGAGCUUGGAGAUGGAUAUCUGUAUAAAUAAUAGCACAGCUUUUGUUUUUUCUUUUUUGUUUUUGUUUUGUUUUGUUUUUUUUGUUUUUGUUUUUUUAGAAUUAGGAUAAAAACCUAUUAAACCGUAGUUCGAUUCGAUCAGAGGAAAAAGAGAUAUCUGUCAGCCAUGUUGCUGUGUUCUCGUUGAUCUCCUUGAGAUCUGAAUGACAUCAAACUUAUUUUUGAAGUUUGCAUUUACCCUGUUGUAUUAACAAAAGGAAAGAAGAAAAAAAAGAAAAAAGAAAGAUCUCUUUUCCCAACAGAGAAGUUGUUUUUGUUAACUUGCUACUGGUUUUGGUUCCUCGUUGAGUCUGAAUCUGAAACUCAGUGACAAACUGCCCACGUUUUACAAUGUAAGCUCUGCAGAGGCUGUCGAGCGACAUAUUUACACACCAGUGGAUGUUUAACUGUAUUUAUUGUGUACAAAUAAAUGUGAAAUAAAG